GGUUCGCGUAAACUUUUCUCUCGAGUCAAGUCGUUCGCGGUGUGUGUUCUGAUUCUUUCUCAGAACAUUGUUGUUUAGCUCGUCGCUUCUGGCGAACAACCGAGAAGCGUGUAAAAGUGUGAUAGAUAAAAUUUAGUGGAAUUUUUCCUUCGCAGGAAUCUGGAAAUCGCUGUUGAUUCCAUCCAAGUGGUGAGAUUGUGCUCUUUUAUAUUCGGAUUGUUUUUAUUUACACGACGCAAGAGCGAAGCGUUCGUGCGACAAGUGCUACCCCCUUCUUUCUGGAACACGUGUGUGAUUCAUGUACCCCAUGUCGCUAGCCUUCUCCCGGGGCCUUCUUUCGUUUAUAUCAAAGUGUACGUUGUUCUGUCUGACGAGGGGUGAGUGAGCAAGAUAAAGCCAGCGACGCCUGCCGUCCACCACCCCCCGACGCUCGUUUGCAGUUUUUUUUUUAUCAGUCUACCUAAUUUCAAGUGCAAUUUGUGCGAAGGUUGCAAAGAGUGUGAGAAACGAUUUGAUGGAAUUUUUUUUCCAUUGUUGAAACAAUCGGCGAUAGAGAGAAAAAAAACAUUGAUUCAUUAUUUGAAGGGGUUUUAUAGUUAUAGCAGCAGCUUUCAAGUCUCGGAAUUCGAAUUCAAACGGGGAAGAACAAAAAUUGAAAAAAGUCAAGUGUCUCUAAUGAGUGUGUGAUUCAAAACAUAAGGUGAGAAAGAUACAGCAACAACACAGCAAACAGUAGGAAUCUUCCGGAUAUUGGAUGACCUGGAGCGAAGAAAAGAAGUCUAAUCGAUAAGACAAACAAAUCGAAAGGAAGCAAAAAAAUAAAAAUCAAAGAUCCAUCAAAGUGAUACCGGUUUGGGGAAGAAAAGGAAAUACAAACACUGAUAAGGCCCUGCCGCUGCGCCUUCGUUGUAGAAUUCUUAAAGAAGCCCCCUCCCCCCCCUUCUUUCAGUGAGCGCAGACGAAAACAAAGUACGUCACCCAGCGCCCGUCGUCGCGCGUCUCUCGCUUCACACAAUAGGGUACGGACGGACACUCGCCGACGCCGCAGCAGCAACAGCACCUCGUACUGAUAACGGCACCAGCAAGCUUGGGGCCGGCUGUUGUCAGGAGUAGGGGCCAGACGAUCCAAUACAAAAUCGAAAAAAACACGCGCAACACGCUGGACGGAAAAUUUUCGGAUCCAUUCAAAUCCAUGGCGCUCUAAUUGGAAGAGUCACUUUCUAACGCCUUCAUAUGAUUUAGGUGGUUGCCAUAAAAAUUGACAAAUUCACAAUAGACAGAAUCGCCCAUUACUACCUAGCCGCGCGUGCGCUCAAACACACCCACAGCCACCCUCACACAACCAUGCUACCGCAGCAGUAUUGCCUCCGGUGGAAGUACCACCACAGCAACCUGCAGACCAUGUUCUCGCAGCUCCUGGACCGCGGGUGCUUCUGCGAUGUGACCCUGGCCUGCGAAGGUCAAACGAUCCGUGCCCACCGCGUUGUCCUGUGCGCCUGCAGUACCUAUUUCGAUCAGCUGCUGACGAACUGCAGCACCGAGAAGGACCCGAUCAUCAUCAUGCGCGAUGCCAAGUUCGAGGACAUCCGGUGUCUGAUCGAGUUCAUGUACAAGGGCGAGAUCAACGUCGAGCACGGAUCGUUGGCCUCGCUGCUCAAGACGGCCGAAGAGCUGCGGAUCAAAGGUCUGGCGGAGGUUUCCUGGCGGGAUGAUGAGAAUGGCAGCACCACCGGCAGUGAUGCCAGCGGGAACAAUAACAACAACAACAACAGUGUGAGCGUGAAGAACGGGAACAAUAACAGCAUCAACAACAACAACAGUAUUAAGAUCGUGGAAACGAAGAAACUGUUGGCACCGCAGCUCGGAGGCUCGUCCUUGACCCCGCUGACGGUGAGCAGUCUGGAGCAGCGAAUCUCAGAUUCACCCAACCUGCCACUACUGACGCCGUUGGCGGCGGGAUCACCCAGGAAUCCGGCCAGUUGUGCCUCGCCCAUCAACUACUUCGGACACAAGAAGAAACGUGGUCGACCUCCGCUGGACGAGGAGUACGACACGUUUCAGCAGAUCCCCAAGAUCUCGCACGUGGAAGGCGGUGCAGGAAGUUCCACGCCAUUCACGUCCAGCUCCCAGCUGGUAGCGGUCAUGAUGGACGACAGCUCCAACGAUCAGGUCCGUGACGAGCAAUCCCAACACCAGCAACACCAACACCAAUCGUCAGCCACCGCUUCCUACCUGGAACAGCAGAGUCGGACGGUUCCACCGGAGACCCUGCACGAGAUGGAAUUCGACGAAGACACGCACAUCCCCCGGAAGUUGAUCCCGAAACUCGAACGGCCGGACACCCCCCAGGACUACAUGUCCACCUCGGGACCCAAGUUCGAGUUUGACGAGCAGUCCCCUCCCAGCCCGAACGAUCAGAACAACUCCGUAUUCCUGACUCCACAGGAGCAGGAAGAGUGGAAGGACGUGAUCAAGAUGAACGACUACCUGACCAAGGGUCGGAGGCCGCAGUUCUGGGAGGAACCGUUCACCAAACGGGUCAUGGACGGAAUCAAGAACAAGACGCUGGAGAUGAAAAAGGCAGCGAAACUGCUGGGCGUUUCCUACGGUACCCUUUACGGAAGGUAUCGGGAGACGUACGGCUGCCUUAAACAUCCGUAUCGGGGUCCCUUCAUGGCGGCAUCCCGGAUGAACAACAUGUGGCCCACACCAAACGAUGCCGGUGUGGCGACCACUACGGACAUCAUUAACAUGCUGCAGCGGGGCAUCAUCAGUUUACCGCGGGCGGCCGAACUGAUGCACACGACCCCGUCGACCAUCAGCAGCUACCUGGAGCAACUUCAGGAAGCGGCCGCAUCUCAAUCGGAUCAUGAUCAGCUGACGGCACUGGCGGCGGCAGCCGCAGCAGCAGCCGCCACAGCCAACAGUGCCAGCUCCGAUGAUGACCGUUCCCCGCACCAUCACCACCACCACCAACAGCAGCAGCAGCAGCACCAUCUCUCGCAGCAGAUUCCCUCGGCCUUAUCCCUGAUGGCACCGCAGAUCGAACAGCAACUCCGGAUCAAACCGGAAAUCAGCAUAUCCGCCCUGAAGAAGUCUUCACCCAGUUCCUCUGCCUCGGUUCAAUCGCCGUCGUCACUAGUGACUUCGACGGCCACCGCGUCCGGUUCGAUGUUCUCCACGGUUCCAACCAGCAGCGGCAGCAGUAGUAGCUUGAGUAACGCACUCAGUGCCAUUCCGUCUACUUCGGCGGGCACGCAGCUGUCGACCAACACCUAAAAACCGGCUGCGGGUCCGGGGGGGGGGCGUCCGGCUGGUGAUACAAGCUUUGCUAUAAAACCUAGCAUGCCAUAAAAUGUUUUAAAGCAAACUUGCCUUCGACGCAGCCGAGUAGGAAAUGUGAUUUUCUUUAAGAAUAAUUUGCUCUUUGCGUUAGGUUCGUUAGAUUCCGUCUCGGUUUCAUUCAGAAUGAAGCUCCUUGGUUUUAUAGCUGAAUUACAGACCGUUAAUUUUAGGCAAUUUGUAUACUGCAAGCAGAACUAGGUUACAAGUUCCAUACAUUACAGAUAGUUUAACUCGUAGAGAACACAUUCGUACUUUCGAUCUAGGUUUAGGGAAACGGUGCUUUCUUGAUUUUUUUUUUUAUCCACUAUAAUUAUUUAGGAAAUUGUUUUUUUGUUUUUAUAGCAGCAACAAUGCCAUUUAUCUCGUGUCUAGAGGUUUAAGCUGCGGGUCGCUGAACCUGCACAAGUCUGCCAUUCGACUGCUACACUACCGAAAUCAUCAUUCAUUGACAAAACAAGCAAAGCUAGCUGAAGCUUUUUGAGGAGCCAAAUUCCUUUAGUUUGAUCGUUAUUAUCGUUUUUAUCGUUUAUUUUUUUAGUUUUUACUAGUAGUUAGAAGAAAUCGGAGGGGAUUUUUUGUCCAAUCGUGACUGAACUUGCGGUGGUGAUACGUUUUUUCGUGUACAUUCCUGAUAACAAUUAAAAGAAAAAUCUACAAAAUCUAAAUGGUGUGACAGGUGUAAAAAUUCCAAAUUUUCUGUAAAUAAAACGAUAAGUUUCCGUUCAUUUUUUUCUUUUUGUAAAUGAUGAAUUUCAAGCGAAUGAAAAGGCAGUACGAUAUAUUUAAAUAAUCCGUAAAUUGUACAUUGCUGGAUCGUGUCUCUCUUUCUCAGUUUUAUGUUCGUGUAGAUGUACAAUUUUGUGGACAACACAAACAAACAAACAAUCGUUAUUUAAUAAACAAAACAAACUUAGAAACAAAUCUGCAAACAAAGUGGUAUUUUUAUUUUUCAUAAAAACAAUUUAAACAAUAGAAAUAGGAUUAGGUUAUUAUGAAUAUGAAAUAUGAAACAAGCCGAACGAUUCUCUUAUUGUGAAACAAAACUAGAAAAGUUUCCUUAUUUUGUUUUCACUAUUUUAUUUUUCCGUGAUCAAAAUGAAAAGAUAUUCAUCAGAAUGUGCAAUCAUUUACUAUAAACACAAGAAAACGGGAGAUGCAAACAGAGAAAGAAAAAAACACUCUAUUUAAGUAAUCAUCUAAGGAAUUUAUUCGAAUACACAAAACACACAAAUCAGAAACCAGAGUAAGAUAAGUGCGUAGGCGUUUAAGUAUGACAUAUUUAAAAUAACACACAAAAGUGAAACUAUGAGUAAACAAGUGAAAAUGUGCCUAUAUGGUUUCCUGAAAACUACAAAACUACGUAUGUAAGCACACAGUUUAACAAAAUAAAUGAAACAACCGCAUACGUGCUAAGCUAUCUAGCUGUACGAUGCAAUUCAUAGACACACCCACAUACACACACACACAUACAGAUAAAAAUGUUGAAUUUAUGAGUAAAUAUCAUCCAGACUGUGAAAACUGGAAAACUGGUACGUACUGACCCCGUAGUAUUUAGAUACAUAUGGGUGUCGUAUGAUUCGUUGAACAAAAGGAAAAACAACGUGAAUAAACGAAAUCGUGGUGAUUUGA